AUGGGUGAGAACACCUCUCAAGAUCAAACUAUACAGUUUAUGUUAAUGGAAGAAGAGAAAAAACAAAAUUUUGGCUUUGAAGAUAUAGUUAUUGAUUAUGAAAAUGGUUAUGCGAUUAUGGGUGGUGAUAAUCGAGAAUGGAUGGCUCAUUACACAUUACCAUCCGUUGAUAAACAUGGACAAAUGUAUAAAUUUAAUUUUAUAUCUGAAAAAUUUGAAAUAAUACCGUUAAUUAAUUAUCAUUAUGAUCAUUUUCAUCCACAUGGUCUUAGUCUAUUAAAAAACAACAAUAAUAAAGAACAACAGUUGUUUGUCAUCAAUCAUCGAACGGAUGAUGAUAAUAAUGAUAAAAUAAUUGAAUAUGUUGAUAUAUUUGAUGUUCAAAUUGAUGAAAAUACAAAUAAAAUUCAAUUAAAACUUGUUCAAUCGAUUACUGAUCCAUUGUUUACAGUCCAUGUUUUAUAG